AGCGCACGCAACGCUGCCCGCCUUCCUCCGUUCCCUGGCUCGCUCGCCCACGCACACACGGCACCCGCAACAGCAGCGAGCGGAGCUGUCCACUUCAGCACCGCGCACGUGCGCAUAGCAACGGGCGCGCGCGCGGCUUGUGUGUGCAAGGCAAGGGGAGGGCGGGCGCGAGGGCGCGCGGUUCGUUAUUGGGCUUCGGAGACGUUUAUUUGUCGCUUGCGUUCGUGGAGAUUGCGAGCGAACCGCGAAGGAAUGGAGCAGAGCGCGGCGUAACUUUUUUUUUGGCCGUGCAGUUGUUGCGUCCUGCCUGCCGACUUGGGGGUGACGGGGUAUUAAAAAUAAAUGUUAUAAGAGGGACGAGGACCGCCCCGCUAUUUUAAAAAAAAAAACACCCGUACGAAAAUGGCAAACGAGAUGAAAUGCGAAAACUACCGCUUUGAUAAUGAGCACCUCCGCAGAAGAACCGCUGGACUCAUUUUGAUGAUUUCCUUCACGCUGGGAGAUGGUGUGGUCAAUAUCAGCAGCACUGGUCCUGAGCAAAAACCUGUGUCGCAAGGCAACGAUUACAUUUAUCCUCGCUACACAUUUUUCAAUGCUGAGACCGCCUUCUUCCUCAAGAAGAGCAGGCAAGAUGCAAUAGAAGACGCCAGUCUGCAGACCCUAUCACAGCCCGUGCUCUUUCUUGGCACGACCAAAGCACACUACGGUGUGAAUGUGAGCUACGGCCCAUUUUCUGCAGGGCAAACAAUAUCCAGUGACCUUCUGGACAUGCAAAGCGAUGUGUCUUUUAUCGUGAGGACCAACUGGAAGAUCCACGCAUUUGUGACGGAAGAUACAAUUUUCUCUGACAAAGCCAAGAUACAGGUUCUCUUCUACAUAUCCGAACGGGACUGGGAUGACGGAGAGGACGUUAAAAAACUCCCGUGCAUUGUUCUUCAUGCGUUUCUUGAUGUGCAUGAAGCAAGGACUGUGUGUUCGCUUGGAAAUAAUCUGGGAAUGUGUUUGGCAGAGAUGAGCUUGCCAUAUUUUUGGAAUGAACUUUCUGGAAACGACAAACAUCCACAUUCCAACCACAUGUCGGCUGGCAAAACCGUGGAGUUGUACUAUAGUCUACAGUCAUCCAACGAUGCUCUCAAUUGCACUCAAGGCUCCCAUGAUAAGGCAACAGUAGCCCGGCCCAUUAAGGAUGGCAUGAGUAAUAUAAAGCAAGGAUUAAACUGGGUUUCCAAUGUGACUUUGAAGAAAGCUUUAGCUCGUAUGAAUACCCGAGAGGUAUUACUGGACGGAGAUAUUUCAAUUUCUCUCCCCAUUAAACCCCUUCGCCCGCAGGAGAUCAUCCACGUCCCAGUGAAACUUCUUAAAAAUUCAACAGUGAACCACUUCACGCUGAGAAUGAAGGUGAAGAAAGGAGUGACACUUCUGUCCGUGGUGUCCGCAAGCCCGAACCAGUGGGGAGUGAGCAGUGACAUCGUAGCAGGAACAAAGCACGCCGUUGCCACCGUUACCCUCCGCAAGAUACGCGGUGCCUCCUCCUCCUCCUCGGGAAGCGGUGGAGAGUCUGCUCUCGAGAUUGCCCGAUUUUUGUUCGAGAUGGACAACGUGACGAGUCUAUCGGUGACGCGACGCAUCCUCUGGCAAGUCGAUUACGACAACAGGGGUCCCAUUCUGGAUCAAGACCGCAUCAUCACGGAGCUGACCGUCACUCAGAGGGACAUCACUGCGAUAAAGAUAAUCCCAAAGUCCCACGAGUUGGUGAACACGGCCGUGCUGACCGGCAGGCCAGUGAACAUACCUCUCAGAGUCAUCAUGCUGGAAGCAAAUGGCACCUUGUCAGACGUGACGCAGCGCUCUCACUGCCAGUCGGAGGACGAACAUGUCAUCAAGGUUUCCUCGGCCUGCCAGUCUGCGUACGUGCAAGGAAACGAGAGCAGGGGCUCUGUGAGGGCUCGUCUCCAAGUGAGCUAUGAACACCUGCGCACCUCCCUGGACCUGACCGUCUGGCUGCCCAAGCUGCCUCUUCACAUAGAGCUCUCCGACGGCCAGCUGAGCCCCAUCAAGAAUUGGCGGGUGCCUAUUCUUUACGAUAAAAGGGAAGGUAAAGGGAACGAAGACAGUGAAUUGAAAAUAAAAGGCUGCACCCUGCAGGUCCAGCAUGCUUUGCUACACGUCUGGACACAGCUAUGCGCCAGCGGCCACAAUGGAACGGAUCAGAUCACAACGCUACUCGGACCAGAGUGGUUCAUGGAUGUGACCGAACUGGUAAAGAGGCAAAUAGAGGCUGAAGAUACGAAAGUCGUUCACCUCCGCGGUGGAACAGUCGUGAUUGGGCAAGAAACUGGAACCACCAACCUUAAGGUAAUCUCACCUGUGUCUGGCGGCGUGCUUGGGGAGCGCGCGGUGACGGUGAGCGAGGAGAAGGUCUCCGUGAGCGGGCUGCACGUGACGCUGCUCUCGGGCCUCUCCCUGUCUCUGCGGCCCAGCAGCAGCGAGCCGGGCGUCGUCGUCGCCAGCACCACCGCACAGCACGGCCUGCACUCGCUCAAGCAGGAAGCAGCCCUGUCACUGUGGGUAGAGUACAGCGAUGGAACUAUGGCCCCUCUCAACGUCUACCAUCCUAACGACUACACCCUCGCCGUCAACUCGCUGGACGUGCAAAUCGCUUCAGUUGACCAGGAUCAGCAGUCUCCGUGGCCUGUGGUCAUCGCAGAGGGUGAAGGAAAUGGGCGACUUCUGAAGGUGAAGUUAAACAUCCGAAGUGUUUGCCAGAAAAACAAGAGGAAAAUGACCCUGAUGUUGUCCCAGGCUUUUGUGCGAGUGAGGUUUGGAGGGGACAUCCAGGAUAUAGAGAGCCCUGAAGAUGUAAAUGAAAACGACAGCGCUUUAGACAUGCUGCCCAGUGAGCUGGAUAAUGAUUACGAGGUGGAAACGGACACUGAUGAAAUCACAACCGUAGGGUACACCGACAGAAGCCACCGAGGGCUGCAAAUAAUAACAACAGACGACCUCGAUACAGGGCAAAAUGCGGCAGACGAAGAGUUGGAGGCUGUAACUCCUGCAAUGAACAAGAACGGGGCUAGACCAAAGCUUUCUUCUACGGUCGGACCCGAUUCAGGAGAUCAAAGCAACGAGCGUGGGAUUCACGUCAAUACCGCGCACAAAGGCAUGUCAGAUUUGCAGAUUGGGAUGUACACCUUGUUGGGGGUGUUUAGCCUGGCUGUUGUGCUCUUCUUAAUCAACUGUGCCAAAUUAUUUUGCAAGCGCAAGUGUCAAGAGAGACAACCGAGCCAAGAGGAAGAGGUCAAUACGUCCCAAGAAUGGGUUUCGUUGGGAACUUGCAAGAGGACGACCAAGAAGGAAACGCUAUUCUCGCUCGGCUACCGGCAAGCAAGUGUGGUGGACAGUGGUCAAGGAUACAGCCAGAUUGAGGGCAGCAGCUCACAAGCCAGCGACGUUAGCUACCAAAACAGAGAGUACAGAUCGUGCAAACACAAAGACGACCAGAUGAUUCCAUACCACGGCGAUGUCCCAUUAAACUCUCCGACGACCGAACGGAAAAGGGUGACUUUUUCGACAUUCACCGUUGCCGAAGCCGACGACAAUAGCAUCACCUACAAUUUUCCUCUAUAGAUAAAAACAUUUUAAUGUUUGGUAUUUUGAAGGACUUGGAUCGGAUAAGAGUAUGUAUUUUAACAAAAUAUGAUUAUAAAUAUUUGGCUGCUUGAUAGGCGCAAGAGCUUUUUAUAAAAAAAAAAAUACAAAAACGUGAAAACCUUUCACAUUGGUACGAGUAAGGAUCGAAAAUGAUUGCUUUGGAAAUGUAGAUUUUUUUUUUAGGCAUGCUGCCAUACCGUCAACCAAAAGAAAACGAAGCUGGUGUACUAAGUGAGCAGUGCUGUGCGUGUGGGGGCCACACUGCAAUGGACAACGUGACUCGCAGACCUGAACGUAUCAACAGCCAUACGUAUUUCUUCGUGUUGUUUUAUUACAUCCCUCGUCUAUUAAAGCUCGGGGCAUUUCACCAGCACAGUAGAAGGAAUUGCUUGUAAAAUUUGCUGCAGAGACUCUUCUAUCACCGCAACGGUGAGUACAUAGUCGGUCACGUCAUCAUCAUAACACUGCAGUUUUUUUCAGAUGACAUUACCAUUGCCAGUGUUGAUGGUUUGAUUAUUUAUAUCGUUGCUAUUUAUGUAGUCAGUGCUGCUGUAAGAAUUUGAAAUGCAUAUGGGUUUUUUUUUUACAUUUAUUUGUUAUUUGUAUGAUUCUAAUUUGCCAUUUGUUUACAAAUAGCACUGGUGUGGGUGGUAAAGAGAUUAAUGGAAUGUACUGUGUUUGGUUCAGUCACAGCAUCUCCCAGCCGGUCUUACUUUAUACUGUAUAAAUGUAAAUAGUGUUUGCUCAAAUGCUCCUUAAGGGUUUGUUUUGCAAGUGUUGAAUAAUAAAGCACAAUAAUGAUAUGUCUGUUUCUCAACGGCCGUGGAAUACAUCAUCAAGUCUUUUUUUAUCGAUCAUAUGAAAUGAAAUUUAAUGGCCCAUUUACAUUUGGUACAAAAAUAACCAAAUAAACGUGUGGCCCACUGCUGAAACUGUUCUAAUUUCAUCAACAUUUAACAGAAAAUGUUCAUAUACGCUGCACACUUUAAAUGAAUAACAGUGCAUUUUAUCAACAUGAAGGUUUCCUUUUAAUUUAAGGUGUAACCUUAGCAUCGUGUGACACCCAAUUAUUACUGUUUGCUCGUAGAUAAUUUCAUACAUGGAUAGCUUCCCCAUUCCAGAAGUAUAACAUUAAAUUGCUCAUUAUCCUGGCAACUACCAAUAUGAGGUUAUCGUCUUUGCAUGCAUAAGGGCCAGAAAUAAAUGCCAACAAGAAAUGUCCAUUAGUCAUUGGCAAAUGCUAUUACUAAAGAUUACAGAAAGUUGUUAUUUUGGGGGGAAAUGCUUUUUAUAAUAUCUGACGUAAUAUAUAUUUUUCUGUACACUACACAGUAGUUGUGUGACAACACAUAAAUAAAUAAAACUUAAAUACUAACAAUGUGAGCUACAAUCACUUAACGGUGCAUCCUACGGGCUUGAAGGGAGAAACAUGGCCAUUGAUAUGAAGUGUUAGGCAUUCAUUUCACACUGCAUAAUUUCCGGCUCACUGAUAGAGUCGUAGACAUGUGACUAAUAUCCACAACCAGAAGGAGGGGUAUACUGGAUGUGAUGUGCCGGGUGCAAACACAUUUUCAAGGCAGAAGAACGGAGCGGACCCGGCCAAAAUUAGGCCCUGGUGUUACUGCAAUUUAAAUUCUGAUAAUUGCACGUACAAUAACAUAAUUCUAUUUCAAUAGUCAUCAAACAUUGACCAUGUAAAAUGGGGAAAUGUUCUCAUCCAAGUAAGAGUAUAAAUUUUGACUUAAAACUUUCGUGACUGCAGUAAUUUAGAUUAUUUGGUUCUUUCGGUAAAGUCACAUAGAUAGAAGAAAAAUAAUAAAUAUUAUUUUUAUUCACUUUCUUUUUUACUUUUAUUAUUAUUUUUCAUAUUUUCAUAUCUACGUGACUUUACCGAAAAAAACAAAGAAUAAUUAAGAGUAUACACCAUUGUCUCUGCAAUUUAUGAUUGAGCAGCAGCAGGCAAUGCGACACAGAGGGUCAAAGUAGUCCCUGUAGUACAAUUUUAUAAAGUACAAAGUAUUUUAAUGCAGUUCCAUUCAACUUUUCAACUAAUUAUUUAUUGCUCAACAAUCCAUUGUACAUUUACAACCUCAAUUUGUUCCCAUCUAAAGAGUGCCAAAACGUUUUUAACAAUAUAAAUGAUAAAAACUCUUUACUACUGUACUGAUUUUGUGUUUUCUAAUGGAUAGUUUUAAAAUCAACUUUUCCCUUUUCCAUACAACCAAACGAAAAUAUGGAUCUUGAUUCACGAGACAGUUAAAUCCAUUUUAUAUGUAUGUGUGUAUAUAUAGAAGUAUGCAGUAUAUUCAUUCAAUGUAUGAUAAUUGAAUGUUAAGUUGUUAACCUAUUGUCCUUCCUCUGAAUUACCUUGCUUUACAGAUCUCAUUUUCACGUGAUAAAGGAUGCUCUAAAUACGACUUGCA